AUGCAUGCAUGCAUGACAUCAGCCCUCUUCAAUAAACCUACCCGGACGACCGCGGCCGAGUGGCAGAAGGAGCUAGCUCUUCACCAUCGUAAAAGGAUGUACGAGCCAAGUUUUGCGCCGGGAACGAAGGAUUAUGAUUUCUAUUGGGGGGGGGGCGCGCAUACGAGCUGGUUUUCGGAAGGGUUGGCGGACGGAGGAGUCGAGGGAAGAGCCGCUGUCCCCGGGCCUACGCCGCGAUAUGAUCGGGCUGCAUGCCAGGAAACGGAACCCCAUAACUAUCAACGGAAUCUGUAG